CUUGAGCAGUUUAGUCCUUGAUGAAGGAAAUGAUCAUAUCAAAGAAGAUAUCCGAGGGGAAUUUCCCGAUGAGACUCUUUUCUCUCUCAAGGAAAUUCGCCCUUGGUACGCUCACAUUGUUAAUUUCCUUGUUCUAAACAGGUUUCCACCAAGCUUCUCUAAAGCUCAAAAAGAGAAGCUCCAACACGAUGCAAAACACUACAUAUGGGAUGAACCAUACUUGUGGAAACAUUGCAAAGAUCAAGUCAUUAGAAGGUGCAUCCCUGAAACAGAGAUUGCAUCCAUCCUUGCCUUUUGCCACUCCCAUGCAUGCGGUGGACACUUUGGAGGCAAACGAACGGCCAUGAAGGUACUUGAAUGCGGUUUUUGGUGGCCGAGCUUAUUUCGGGAUGCCCACAUCUUUUGUCAAUCUUGCGACAAUUGCCAACGCAUGGGCAACAUAUCUCGAAAGCAUGAGAUGCCACAAGUACCAAUGCUCUACGUAGAAAUCUUUGAUGUAUGGGGAAUAGAUUUCAUGGGACCUUUUCCUAACUCCCAUGGGAAUCUAUACAUUCUUUUGGCGGUGGACUAUGUUUCGAAAUGGGUGGAAGUCAAAGCCACCAAGACCGAUGACGCCAAAGUGGUAACGGACUUUCUCAAGACCCGAAUCUUUUCAAGGUUUGGAGUACCACGAAUUUUGAUAAGUGAUAGGGGCACUCACUUCCACAACAAAACUGUGAGUACCCUGUUGAAAAAAUAUGGUGUCAUCCACAAGCUCUCCACCGCCUAUCACCCACAAACAAACGGCCAAGCCGAGGUUUCGAACAGGGAGUUGAAGUCUAUACUCCAAAAGACGGUGAACCCUAACCGUAAAGAUUGGAGUCUUCGGAUAGAUGAUGCCUUGUGGGCAUAUAGAACCGCUUUCAAAACACCAAUUGGAAUGUCUCCCUAUAGACUUGUGUUCGGGAAGGCCUGCCAUCUCCCAGUCGAACUCGAACAUAAGUCUUAUUGGGCGGUAAAAACAUUCAAUCUUGACAUGGAGCAAGCGGGGAUGCAAAGGAAGCUUCAACUCCAAGAACUAGAGGAACUUCGACUUGAGUCCUAUGAGAACGCCGCCAUCUACAAGGAAAAGACAAAGGUAUGGCAUGAUAAAAUGAUAAUGAGAAAGGAUUUCCAAAUCGGAGACAAAGUCCUUCUCUUUCUCUCACGCCUUCGUCUUUUCCCCGGUAAACUGAGGUCACGAUGGGAAGGACCAUUCGAGGUAGUCAAAGUCUACCCCCACGGAGCAGUUGAAAUAAAGAGCCUCGACACCGGCAAAAUCCUCAAGGUUAACGGCCAUCAACUCAAACCGUUCCUUGAAAGCUUUUCUAAAGAAAGCGUUGAAUGCAUGGAUCUCGUCGAUCCAAUCUAUGAAGAAUGAACUAUACCAUGGCGUCGUGCCGCGACGUAAAAUUAGGCGCUUCUUGGGAGGCAACCCAAGCAAGGUAUGUCUUCUUUUAAUCUUAUUUCAUUAUGUGUGCGUUUCAAAAAAUGAAAAAAAAAAUGAGAAAAAAGUGUAUCUGGGGACAUGCCCGAUCGAGUACUCUGUAAUACUUGGUCGGGUAUGGGCAAAAAAAGGGGACCCGGUUUCCAUACUCGAUCGAGGUGCAAAUCAAUUUUCAAAGAUACAGGCAUACUCGCUCGAGUAUUGGAACAUACCCGGUCGAGUAUGCCUGGAAAAUCAACUCCAUCGGAAGCCUGCCUCUGAGGCCCGAUCGAGUACAUAUCCAUACUCGGUCGAGUAUUUGUGGAAAGAUAAAAAGAAUAACCCACUGCCUCCUAUACCCGAUCGAGUACAUAUCAAUACUCGGUCGAGUAUACGUGGAAAAACAACUUUUCUGCCCCCCUGCCUCCGGUACCCGAUCGAGUAUACAGGGAUACUCGAUCGGGUACCCCUGCGAUUUAUACCCAAACAACACCCAAAAAUACUUCAUCUUCCCCAAACAAACUCCAAACUUCGAACCCCUCUCACCCAAAACUCCAUUUUGCUACCUUCUCUCUACCAAAACUCCCUCAUUUCUCCACCAAAUCAUCCCAUUUCACAACCAAAAUACUCCCCUCACUCUCCUCUCCAUAUCUAUACCAACAAAUCACCUUUCCCCCAAAUAUCCAACAAAUCCAAAAAAAACCCUACCCCAUUCGAAUUUUUUGGAUUCCAAGCUCAAAAUCAUCAACAAUGGCACCAAGGAAGAAUAGGGGGGAAAGCUCAAGCACCAUAGCACCCAUCCCGGGCUUUGAAGACAUCAUUCCCGCCGACGCCGAACACCGAACUAGACUCCUAUCAACAACAAAAAGGCAAGUAAAACCUUCACGUUUUCUAUGUCAUGAUGCUCUACGUGAAUUAGGAGUCUAUAAGAGUAUGAAAAGGUUCUUUUAUGAGUUGCAUAUGGAUCGUAUUUUCAAAAUGAGAUACAACUCAAAUGCAAGAAUUAUCUAUGAAUUCAUAAGCUCGGUGCAAUUUGAGAGUGAUGAGGAUGAUUUUAGGGAUGAUAAACUCAAGUUUCGUUUAUUCAAUCAAAGUUAUUCGAUUACAAAACUUGAGUUUGCCGAACAUUUUUGCAUCCCCGUGCCCUACGAGAGAGCCAUCUCAGAUAACACCAUCUUCGGGCACACCCUAUGGACAAAGAUGACUGGGGAAGUGAAAUUUAGUUCCUCCCAAAUGUAUAUUAGUCAUGUCCAACACCCCGUCCUCCGGUUAUUCUUGAAAUUUUUAGCCAAUUGUUUGCUUGGACGUCCCAACAACCACCACACUAGGAUCGGGGACGUGUGUUUGAUAUCUGUGGCUUUAUUCCGUCGUCACGUAGACUUCAAUCUGUGCAAUCUUAUGUGGGCACAUCUAAAAAAAGAAAGUUUAGCCAAAGGUGCCAUAGUUGUGGGUGGAGUGAUAAUGCACUUAGCAAGUAAGUUUGGGUAUACAGAUAACUCCCCUAUACCCGACUAUUGCUUGAUGGAUAUGGGUUGGUUGGGACGCUCGGGAUGUACAUCUUUUUCCCAUACAGUUUAUAUUGGGGACCAACCAAAAAACAUGUACAAUUGGGUCAUACACGUACAACCUGUCCAAUACUUCCUAAUGCCAAGCCAAGACACCCCCAAACUACGCUACAAACCGGAGUUCGAGGAGCCUCACUACCUAUUCCCUCACGAUCUCCCACCACAUUUCCAAGAGCCUCAAGCCCAAGACCCCCCCGAAGAUCAACCCGACCAACAACCUCAACCCGAGCAAUACGAACCCGAGGAUGCACUUCCCUACAUGCCCGAACAGAACCAAGUUUUCCCACCCCCCGAUUACUUCCAACAACUCCUUGAAGGGUUCAACAAAGUCACCAAUGAAGUUGGAAAAUAUCGGGAGGAACAAAGAGCGGGAUUCCAAAGACUAGAGGAACAACGGGCCGAAGACAACCGAAGGUAUGAAGAAGAUCAACGUAGGUUCUAUGGACCUAUGUAUUCUUACAUGGCUCAUCAAGGCCAAUUCCACACCAUGGCUCAACCACCACCACCCCCCUCUUGGUAUGACCCCACUCAAUGGGGAAAUUUCGGAGGAUCUAGCUCCGGGGGUGGAGGUUUUGAUGGCAGGGAUGACGGCGGGGAUACUCACAUGGGAGACGGGAACUUUGGAGGAGGAUUUGGAGGCGGCUUCUACGGCGGAGAAGGCGGGCACUAGGGACAGUGCUUGGACUGAGAAGGGGGGAGACUCCUCAUGGAACUCAUUUGAUCUCUUGGAAGAAGAAGAAGAAGAAGAAAAAGGAGAAGAGGAAGAGAAGAUGAACACUAGAAGACCAUAAAACCCAAGAUGACAUUUGUAAUUUGAGCAUUAAAACUCAUAUUUUAUCCUUGGUGGUCUUUGUGUUUUUAUCUUGUUAAAACUAUUGAAACUCUGGGAAUCUUUACACUUGUAAACAUUGAACUUUACUCGAGGACGAAUAAAGAACUAAGUGUGGGGGAGUUGAUACGUUUGUAAUUUCCGUGUGUUUAUUUACAUUUUUAGUUAGUUUUGGUUGUUUAGUAUUUCGGAAAUUACACACUUUCGGUGUAAUAGUUUAGUUUGUUAAAUUCUUGUAAAUUGUUUAGAUUAGGUUUAUUCUGAGCUCAAACAGGUCUAACAUCACUCAAAGACAGUUGGUGAAACCCAAAAAGUGGAAAGAACGUGCAAAAUCACAAGACAAAAGAAGGAAAUCCUGAUUUUUGUCUAUACUCGGUCGAGUAUCUCCUAUACUCGAUCGAGUAUCUGGUUGAAAUUUCAAAUCGGAUCGAAUCCGAAAACAAA